UUCGAGACGUCCGCCAUCUUGCUUCAGUCGAAAAAUUGUGCAAAGUUUAUCCGGUGCAAUCAUCGCAAUUAUUGCUGUAACCUUGCCCAUGGAAAGAUGCCGUGGAAACGGAAAAAAAACAAUUUUGGUUUGAGGCGGAAGAAGGGGCGUCGAAGUGAACCUGAGCUACCUAAUGGAGAGUCAACCCUUGACCAUGAGUAUUGCCAAACCAAUGAAACUACAAUUCAGACAGAGGCUGCUAGUGUUGAAGCUGUACAAACAUUUGAAACAAUGGAAGAUGACCACAACUAUAGUUGUAUAGCCAGUGUGCCGUGUGAUGUUAAGAUAGACAGUGACUAUGAGUGCAUUAUUGACAUUGAAACAAUGAAUCCGGACCUUGAAAAUGAGUCUGAACUAAUCGUAAAUGAGACAGACAUUGCAGAAAAUGUUGUUGUUAAUUGUGAUGCAUUUGAUCAGUUAUAUGAUGACUUGCGUGAGAAAAUUGAACCAACUUUCGUUGUUUUGAAGGAUCACACCAUUCGAGUGUUGGAACACUACAAAACCACAGUCAAAACUUGUUUGGUGAUCAACAAGGACUUGACUGUUGAGGUGCUUAUUCAUAACAGAGCUGUGGCUGCAUCACAUAGCUUAUUCUCUGACUUAGGAAAGGGGGUUAAUUUUUUAGAGGACAUUUUGACAAUUGUUAACAAGCUCAAAACUGCCCAUGUGUGUAUUGGCUGUCCAGAGCAAGUUUAUGUGGAACUUGUUCCAGAAGGUAGCUACAUCAGCUCCUCAAGUAAACAGAACUUGGCGUACAGAGAUGGAAAUUUUGGAGCUGAACGUGGCACAUUCUCGUACAACAGUACUGUGCGUGCUGUAACGUGUGAUCUUGUUUUAGUGACAAAACGUGAUCGGUGUAUUGAAUGCAGCAGAGUUAGAGCAGUGCUGAGGAAUAGGGAAUACAGACGGAAAGAAGCUGAAUCUGCUAUAAGGAAACAAUAUACUCAUUCUAAUUAUAAACAUUCAGACAUGGACAAAACACAGUUAAUCCUGAAAAUAAAUGAACAGAAAAAUGAAAUUAAAAGCCUCCAUUCAGAAGUCAACCAAUUAAAAAGGCAACUAACAAAAAAAAUUCAGACUGAGGGAUAG